AUCUACCUGCCAUCUGAUGGGCCGCCUGCACCUUCAACUGAAUCAAGUACUUGACCUUCGGAAGCACAACACUUACUCUACAUAAUGAUAAAACCGAAUCCCUGCUUUUCAUUAUUGCCUGACCUUUUCAGCACGUAAAACAACGCCUUUCGAUUUGACGUGAAUAGUGCUCAUUCGUCCCAGAGCACAUUCCAUUGAAAAACAACACCUAUCGCCCAACCCAACUCCUCUCUGCCUAACAGUGCAUUCUUCCCAGAACCGACCUACGGUUACGACCAUUGUUGACCCCAUCUUGCAAACAGCGAGCGAUCUCAACGAAAAAAUCAUGGCUGGCAGCUCAGCGCAGUCUGGAGUUGAGCCAGUCUCUGGCCUGCAAGGUUCGGGGACAGUGACCGACCCUUACGAUCAAGGAAAUGCCGAUGAUAUUGUUACUUCUGGCUCGGAGCCUCCGUCAGGUAUACAAGGAAAAGGCACUGCGACAGAGCCCUACGAUGGUGGGAAUGCACCAGAGAACCCAACCGUUUCUGUAUCCGAUACAUCAUCCAGUGCGGAAGCCUCCACGACAGUCACAUCUGGAAAGGGUGCAAGCGAGCGAGGUCGAAGUGGCCUGACUGCACCAGCUAGGAACAAAGUGGUUGAAAGGGAAUUGAGUCCUGGCUGCCUCGAUGACGGAACGCAUGUUCAGACAAGCGGCGACCUUGGAGAAACAUAUGCACCCAGCAAGAUGAGCAGACUGAAGGGCAAACUGACACAGUUCGGAAAACAUUAGAGAUGGAGAAGGUGGUGGAGAGACUGUGACACAGAAGACUCAAUAGGGAGGAGGACUCACCACAUUUAGCUGCCCAUGUAUAGAUGAUCACAACACUGUUAAGGAGUACUGUCGGCUCAUAUUAAGAUGAAUUGCUGUUUCCUUGAUCUAGCAAGAAAUCCAUCAUUCUCCGUUCCAUUCGCGAGGACCAAAGGCGCUGGGCAUGCAAGAGAGUCUGUAUAUCGAGGUAUAAAGCA